CUAUUUGGGAUGUCUGGUUUGUAUUGCGACGCAGAACUUGUUAACUCUCUGUAUAGAGUCCUUCCCCUCCAUCGACCAUCAUCUGCUCUCUCUCUCUCUCUCUCUCUCUCGGUCACUGGUUUUAGAAACUAUGACAAGCCAAGCAGCCGUUGCACCAUCAUCGCCCAACAUUUCCACUGAUUGUUGCAUGUGUGGAGAUCAUGGAUUGCCUGACGAGCUUUUCCGAUGCAAAGUUUGUCAGUUCAGAUUUCAGCACAGAUACUGUAGCAAUCUCUACCCAAAAGCCGAGUUGUAUCGAAUCUGCAAUUGGUGUCUUAACAAAGAGGGAGUCAACAUUGAAGCAUCCCAGCAGAAUCCCUCUCUUCCGUAUACCAACAACAGCAGUGAAGAUGAUGAAAAGAACGUGAAGAACAACAUCAGGGAAGAAGCAAUCCAUCCGAAAGUCCAAAGAAGCAGUCUCCAUCUGCAUCCUCACAAUCCCAUGAAGAAACAUAAGUUGCCGGAGAAAUCAUCGGCAGCGCGCAAGAAGAUCGUACCGAGGGGUUGCUUGGACGAAACAUAUAGAAGGACAAAACCAGCUGAGGAGAUAUCGAACACCGUGGUGACAAAGCAAGUGUUUAGAGGUAAGGCUCGAAGGUAUAAGCUCCUGGAUGAAGUCUCUAGUUGAACACAGUUUGAAGUUUCAAACUUGGGCGUGUCUAUCUUGAGUUCUGCAUCUGCAUGCAUGCACAUAGUUCAUAGUUUUUCUUUUUCUUUUCUCCUUUUUCUUCUCACCUAUUCUAUAUAUAAAUAGUCACGACUCUCGAAAGGCUUAAAUACACAUCAAAAGAGUUCAUGUAAAUGGUUGGUUAUCCUAUCGGAAAGCUUGCGGAAAUUUAAGAGGUUGCGGAUGAUGAUCGUUGUUCCUCAUCAGAUAUCUGAUGAGCCA